AGUUGAGUGUUCAUUUGGCGGCCGCCUACUCGUCCGAGAGAGUUCGCUUCCACUCUAUCCGCCGGUUAAUCUGCCCGUUACCUCCUCGCGGGUAUAGUCGCCUGGUACUCCCGGUUCAGUUUAUCCGAAACGUUUAUCCGUUUAUAUCCGGGUUAUCUCGGACGGUUUAACCAAAAUGGAAUACCAUCUGUUGCUAUUACCUCUGAUUGUGGGACUCGCCUCGGGCUACAGUGAAAACGGCUAUUAUUUCGAAAAUCACAAGUAUUGUGACGACUUGUCCCCAUAUUACGGUGAUAUUAACUUAGAUUCAAUAACUGGAGUUUGGUACGGCGUAGAAAAAAUACCUCACCUGAAAGGUGAAUACAAGAUAGAGCAUACGAGGGAGUGUUUCUAUAUCGACAUAAAGGAACUUUACAUUGAGCCGACUCCGCCGACUCCAUACCCUCCGUUGACGAACUCUCCGUACGUGAACCGUCAGUUCGGUCUCCCGGAGCCCUACCGCGUGCGCCACUUUGUGCUGGAGUGGCACGAGGGGCUGUGGAGAGACGACUACCACAUCAAGGUCAAUACUUCGCACAAGGGCUUCUGGCCCACGGACGUGCCGGAUAGGUCCGUAGAAGACAUGUACCGCUUCUUCGGCGGAGUCAUCCAAGUGCUGAAAGUGGCCAACAACCACCUAGUUCUCAACUUCUGUAUGAGGCUCCCCCAUUCCCAGCUAUACAGCGUGGUGCUGUCCCGGAAUGAGAACCAGCUGACUGCUGAAGACCUGGCCAGCAUACACAACGUGUUCACUAUGAAACACCUGUCUACUUCAGCUCUGAAGAGAGUGUGUGAGAACUCCGCAACCAGCAUCAGUGGGCCUUACUUCGUUCUUGUAUCACUUUGUUUGAUGCUGUGGAGAUCUAGAGGGUAGAUAUGAAAUGAGAUUACGUUUUUCUUAUUGUAAUUUGACUGGGAAUAAAAAAGUUUCAUGAUUGUUUGUAGUCUUCCAUAUCAGUGCUUAGACGUAGUUCCUUGUAAGUUGGAUUUUAAAUUAUUUUAGACACGUAUUUAAUUGAUAUCAUUAAGAAAGAAUGAUAGGGCGCAAAGUUUUGACCUGGUAAAUAGAGUUGUAAAUUUUUUUUUAAUUGACGAUUAUUAUUGUCUGCAAGCACUUUUAGUUAACAAGAAAGGAAAAAAUAAUCCAUAGGUAAAGUAAUUAAGUUAAGGACUAUUUAUUUCUGUGCCAUGUGUGUGUUAAA